AUGAGAUUUUUAUUUUGUGGAGACAGUAAUUGUCCAGAAUGGUUUUUGGCUGAAUCAGCUCUUCUAACUAAAAUUGUAAUAGAAUUAUAAUAUAAAUAAAGGCUUCUGUGAAGAUGAAAUUAGUGACAUAAUACAUAUUAUAGAAUAUUGUAGAAGGUAUAGACACUUCAGCUAAAAUAUUUAAGAUGUUGGAAGGAUCUGGUUUUAAUUAAUAAGAAAUCAAUUCAACUAUCGCUUGUGUAUCAUUUAUUGUUGAAAACUCUGCUAAAUAUGAUGUUUCAGAAUAGAUAUUAAUAAAAGAGUUAAUUGAUUUGGGUUUACCAAAAGAAAAUUGUGAAUAAUUGAGCAAGACCUUUAAAUAAUACAAAGACAAAUUGCAAUAGAUUUAUGAAAACUAAAUAAUAAGAAGUAAAAAUAAUUAUGAUUCUUAAAGUUGGAAAGGCUAUAGAGUUUCAUUAUGGAAUAAGUAAAUUCAUAGUAUCAGAAAGUGUUGUACCUCAAAAAUAAAUUGAGGGAAAUAGAUUUAUUGACACAAACAUUACAUUCUAACAUGAUAAUGGGAAACAAGAAUGUUGCUAAUUUGUUAUAUUUCCUGAAUAAUUAGAAGAUAUGCUCAAUAGUUUUAAAAAGGCUUAGAAAUUAAUGAUGCAAUUAUGA